AUGAAAGAAUGUGAACAGAGUAUCUGUCAGGCGAGAGCUGCUGUGAUGGUUUAGGAAGAUGGCAACGAGAAGCUGUGUACCGCUGGUGGCUCCACAGGGUUCAGCAGAGUCCACAUCUAUCACCAUACAGGCAACAACACGUUCAGAGUGGUGGGCAGGAAGAUCCAGGACCACCAGGUCGUGAUAAAUUGUGCCAUUCCUAAAGGGUUGAAGUAUAAUCAAGCUACACAGACUUUCCACCAGUGGCGAGAUGCUAGACAGGUGUAUGGCCUCAACUUUGGCAGCAAGGAAGAUGCCAAUGUCUUCGCAAGUGCCAUGAUGCAUGCCUUAGAAGUGCUGAAUUCACAGGAAGCAGCCCAGAGCCAGGUUACUGCUACCCAGGACAGCACUAAUUUGCGAUGUAUUUUCUGUGGCCCAACAUUGCCUAGACAAAAUUCACAACUACCUGCUCAAAUUCAAAAUGGCCCAUCCCAAGAAGACUUGGAAAUUCAGAGAAGGCAACUGCAAGAACAGCAACGACAAAAGGAGCUGGAGAGGGAAAGGUUGGAGAGAGAGAGAAUGGAAAGGGAAAGGCUGGAGAGAGAGAGGCUGGAAAGGGAGCGCUUGGAACAGGAGCAGCUGGAGAGAGAGAGACAAGAGCGGGAGCGGCUGGAGCGCCUGGAGCAGGAGCGGCUGGAGCGUGAGCGCCUGGAGCGCUUGGAGAGGCUGGAGCGGGAGCAGUUCGAAUGGGAGCGGGAGCGCAGAGUCUCGGGUGCUGCUGCCCCUGCCUCUGCGGAGACUCCUCUAAACUCUGUGCUGGGAGACUCCUCUGCUUCUGAGCCAGGCUUGCAGGCAGCCUCUCAGCCGGCCGAGACUCCAGCCCUGCAGGGCAUUGUCUUGGGACCACCUGCACCUCCACCCCCUCCUCCUCUCCCACCAGGACCUGCCCAAGCCCCAGCUCCCCCUCCUCCCCCAGGACCCCCACCACCACCCCCACUACCAUCGUCUGGGCCUCCCCCUCCUCCUCCUCCCCCUCCUCUGCCCAAUCAGGUCCCCCCUCCUCCUCCACCACCUCCUGCCCCACCCCUCCCUGUGGCUGGAUUUUUCUCUGGACCUAUAUCAGAAGACAAUCGCCCCUUAACUGGACUUGCAGCUGCAAUUGCUGGAGCAAAACUUAGGAAGGUGUCACGGAUGGAGGAUGCCUCUUUCCCUAGUGGAGGGAGUACCACUGGUGUGAACGCAGCUUCCUCCAAAGCCGACUCUGGGCGCGGGAAUGGGCCCCUUCCUCUAGGGGGCAGCGGCUUAAUGGAAGAAAUGAGUGCCCUCCUGGCCAGAAGGAGAAGAAUUGCUGAAAAGGGAUCAACAAUAGAAGCAGAACAAAAAGAGGACAAAACUGAAGAUUCUGAGCCUGUAACUUCAAAGGCCUCUUCAACAAGUACACCUGAACCAACCAGAAAGCCUUGGGAAAGAACAAAUGCAGUGAAUGGCAGCAAGUCCCCUGUCAUCUCCAGACGGGAUUCUUCAAGGAAAAAUCAGAUUGUUUUUGACAACAGGUCCUAUGAUUCAUUACACAGACCAAAAUCCACCCCUGCGUCACAGCCCAGUGCCAAUGGCGUCCAGACAGAAGGGCUCGACUAUGACAGGCUGAAGCAGGACAUUUUAGAUGAAAUGAGAAAAGAAUUGACAAAACUAAAGGAAGAGCUCAUUGAUGCAAUUAGGCAGGAACUGAGCAAGUCAAAUAUGGCAUAGAAAAGCAAAAGGAGAGAAAGAGAGAACUUUAAUCUGGAGAGGAAAAAAAAUCCUACAAACAGUAACCAUCUAAAACAACCCAUAUGAUUUUGUGACUGUGAGAAGGAAACAGAGACAAGCAGUUGGAAGGAAGCAGCCAACAUCCUCUGAAAGCCUGACACUGUGAUUCAGUGGUCGCUGUCCCUCCCCACUGGCUGCUUUUCCCUGACUGAAAAGAAUGGAAGAGCAGUGGAUGAGUUCCUCCAACAGUUGCACAGAAAAUACGAAGCCCGUCCAUCAGAUAAGAACACCGUGCAUUGAAAUAUUUUCAUGUUGAGAUAAAGCUGCACAUUUUACACAGCCCAUUGCUAAAAUAAAGAGAAAGGCUUAUGGAGUUCUUUUUCAGAGAAUGGUAAUGAAGAAUUUCGCAAGUUCUGCUGUUGUAAAUGUUUCUCUCAGGUCUGUCUUCCUAUCAUAUUUGAUAUUCCAUGAAUAAUUGAGAUCAGCCUGUGUAGGUUAAGAUCAUAAAAUGUGGAACAAACAGGAUUGUAUAUGCUUUCAAAGAAUGACAUUUAUAAGAAAGUGUCCUAAAGAUGAUUGGUCCAGCUUAAGGAAUUUUAGAAUGAUAGGAAGUCUAUCGAGUUAGCCUUCAUGCAAUUUUGUAGUUUAAAACAUAAAAUUCAUCCAGAAUUUAAAGAUUUAGAUGCCUUCCUAAAUUGUUACAAUGCUUUACCAAAUCUAUGACUUCUACAUAACACAAACCAGUGGUCAAAUGUAAAACAGUAUAUUGUAGAUUUACUGUAGGUUUACAACCUUUUUUAGAUUAUGCAUGUGGGCAUUUUUAUAAUGUAAUUACAGUCACCACAAAGUUAGCUUUUUUAAUUGCAGACAGUAAUGCAUGUCACACUAACAUAUAGUGGCUUUUUUAAGGCCUAGUCCCAGGGAAAACAUUUUGUAGAGAAUAGGGGAGUGGGAGGAAGGGAAGGAAUAACUUUUUAUUUGAAGUUAAUUUCUGCACUUUUUUCUCAAUUACCUGCAUGAAUAGUAAUGAGGACUAUUUUGUGACUUUAAUUGGUAAACAUGUUAAAACCAAGUAUGUAUCUUCUACAUCAUGUCUUUAGCUAUUUGUAUUUUAACCAGUAAUUCCAACAGUUUGAAACAUGAAUCUGAGCUUCACCUGAAAUGUAUCUUACUGUGACACUCAGUCCGGUGUCACCAUCACUGGCAGUGACACAGGUAUUCAGACACAUAGUCUGGCAUGAGAGUGCUUUUGAAUUUUAUGUUGAAAUACAAGAAAUGACAAUGUUGACAGCAAUUAAGGUCACAGAAAUCGCUGGGUAAAGGGAAACCAAGGAGGAGCCUGCAGUUUCGAUACAUGAAGCCAGGCAUAGGUGGAAAGGAAGAGUCAAAUACUGUUCCCACCCUGUGUUGUGUGGGUGGGUGAGCGCUAGUAUGUGUGCUGUGUGUGAUACACUCCGUUUUCUCUGAAACUGGUAAGAUUAAAAUAGGGGAGAAGUCCUUUAUGUUGCAAUGAUAGCUUUUUAGAAAAUUUUAAGAAAUCAGAAAUUCUUCAAGUUCUCCAUCUUGAUUUAUGCUUGAGUUGUUAUGUGCCAUAUUUGUUUUCAAAUCUUUGAUUAUUGGAACUUUUACUAAAAUUCUUGUGAAAUAAUCCAUUUUCAUCUGCUUUCUAGAUUUUAUAAAUCCCAGGCCUAAGACAAAGCUUGUUGAUAGCAUUCUUUUCUAAAUGAUGCACCUGUGCAGUCAUUUCCACUACAGAGAAGUUUAUUUGACAGGGUCAGGGUUUUCUUCCGUGUUAAGAUAACUGGUUUUUGUAGGAACUUCAUGUUAGGCAAAACUGAUGGGUGAAGUAUCGUAGCUCAAGUGUGCAGCUCCUCUUUCCAUCAGGUACUCACUGUCAUUCAGUUGUAGAAAAGGCUUUGUGGAUGCAGCAAGCUCAUAAAUUACUGUUCUCUAAAAGAAAUGGGAGGCAUUUUCAUCUUUAUUAUUGUACUUGGGGUUAUGUAGACACUUUUGACAAUAUAAACAUUUAUGUUCUUUAUAAAUCUGGCGAGAAAUCACUCCAGGUUUUCUUAGAUAAAUUAGGUAGUCUACACUAAGUAGAGUACUGGGUACAAGUGGUCCAAAGUGAGAUAAAAAACUAAAAUAAAAUGCUAAAUCUUAAGAGAAGCCAGUUUAUGCACUAAACGUUUGUGCCUUGGUCUGAUAUUAACAUGAUAUCUGUGUAAAAUGACAAAGAGAACCCGUGUUGAGUCAUGCUACACAUUGUACAUCAUUCUACAUUCUACCAGACACUAAGUGUGUUCCUUCCAGGAAGUUUGAAAUUACUCUACACACUUGCCAUGUUGCUGACAUACAUGACAGUGAUGUCAUUAGAGAUUUCAGUAAUGAAAAUGAGAAACAAAUGCUUAAGUUAUUUUCCUGUCAAACUGUGUUCCUAGAACUACAUUAUUGUGAUGGCUUUGUGCUGUUGUAGUUGAAUGUCUUCAGCUGAGUACAGUUUCGGGGAUCCCGUCUAGUUACAGGAAGGUACUGCUGUCCUCAACACUGUGAUCUGACCUGUGACACAUCUGUACUAUACACUCUGUAAACGGCUAACAAGUCAGCUGCAAACUGAAUGUAUAAAUCUUAGUGCUGGUGCUGAAAUCUCUUCAGAAUAGUCAUCAUGAUUUAAAAGUUUGUUUAAAAAUUCGCAAGCAUCAAAUGUCAAUCAAAACUGAAGAUGAAACACUAAUGAAUGUUGACUUCUCAUGCUUUAGGUAUACUUUCCUUUGUAGGUUUUUCAGUUCUCUGCUGUUUUUACUGUUACUGUUUCAUUUAAAUUUCCUACAUGCUAACUUCAUUUGUGAGAUUGAAAUAAAAUUACAGUGUGUACGUGUUG